ACUCAGAGGACCAGUUUGCAAUUAAACUCAGAGGACUAGCUUGCAAUAUUUUCAUCAAAAGAUCAAAUAUCCUCUUGCUUGCUUGCUGUGCAUUCGAUAUGAACAUUCGUGCUCCUAUUUACGCCUCAACGCCUCGCUACUCCAAUCUAACAACUCGGAAUUAUAAUGCUGUUGGUGCUGACAAUUAUGCAAUUGAAAGCCAUAGUGUAAGCUACUCGAUCAAGAAUGAAAGGGGGAAAGUGGUGCCGAUUAUAAAGGAUUGUUCGUUGAAUAUACCAUCUGGGCAGUUUUGGAUGCUGCUUGGGCCUAAUGGGUGUGGGAAAUCAACUCUUUUGAAGAUUUUGGCGGGUCUAUUAAGCCCAACAGACGGUUUCGUGUAUGUGAGGAAACCUAGAAGUUAUGUCUUCCAAAAUCCAGAUCACCAAGUCGUUAUGCCCACCGUAGAAGCUGAUGUGGCGUUUGGCCUUGGACGGUUUAACCUUACCAAUGAUGAAACAAAACUGAGAGUUGCAAAAGCGUUAACUGCUGUGGGCAUGUAUGAUUAUCUGCAGAGACCAGUACAAACUCUUAGUGGAGGUCAGAAACAAAGGGUUGCAAUUGCUGGUGCAUUGGUAGAACAAUGUAAAGUAUUGUUACUAGAUGAACUCACAACAUUCUUGGAUGAAACCGAUCAGCUUGGGGUGAUUAAAGCUGUGAAGAACACGUUGAGUAGUUCUGAAGAUGUGACUGCGUUAUGGGUAACACACCGUUUAGAAGAACUUGAGUAUGCAGACGGCGCUGUGUAUAUGGAAGAUGGUAAGGUGGUGAUGCAUGGUGAACCAUCCGUCAUAAUGGAUUCAAUUGAAGCGAGGAAAGCCUCUUACACCGACAAUAUCAACUCGUGAUAACCAUGUGCUUGUUUCCUCCUAUGUAACAUCGCAUCACUAAACUCUACUUGUCCUCGAUUAUCUUCUUUUGAUAUAAACCGAGGUAUUCAUUUCAUUCUUAAUCUACAUAUAUGCUUUGACUACAGUGAUCCGCUCUGUUUGGGACUAAUGGGAGAAUGCAACUUGAAGAGGUUCCAACCCAAAGUUAUUGUCGGGUUGGAACCCGUUCAAAAUGGAUUAAAUGAUUUUCGAAAGUUACGUUGAACUCUUAAAGUUGUUAUUUGCCAUAACCCGCUAAGAGUUUAGAUAUUUAAUUGUAAACGCAAACAAACUAUGAUGAAUUAUUAGUUUGGGGUUGUAUACAGAUAAAUGGAACAUAAAUUAGGUUUGUAAACGAAUCGAGUGUUCAGUUAGCUCCUCGGUAGAAAGUUCAUUUAUUUGAGAAACUAACGAAAAGCAAUAUUUGUUUAUUUAAUUAGAUGAAAGGACUUGAACACAUGUCCCGUGUGUUUAUUUGUA